UCUUCCCCCAAAAACUCCACCCUUCCGCGGCCUCGCCCAUCUCACCGCCACCAUCUAUCGGCUCCCUCCUUUCUCGUCUCCAAACUCAACUCUAAUUGAGCGCGAAAACGUGGACGCGUUUGAAUUGGGCGUCUCCCUCGGCUUCCAGGACCUUCUAGAACCUUCUCGAGGCUCCCCCGGCCUCGCGCGGUCGCGGCUCUGCCUCCCGCUCUCUCUCCUAGGGUUUUCCCCCUCCUGGUCGCGCGGCGGGGGCGGCGGCCAUGGGGGACGCCGCGGCGGCGUCGCCCCCGGCUUCCCUGGGGAAGCGGCGGCGCAGGGGAGGAGCGGGCGGAGGGGACGGCGAGGGGCUGCGGCGGGUGGCGGAGAUCGUGAUGGUGCUGGCCGCCGCUGGGGAGGUGAGGGGUGGGAGGGAGCCGACGGCCGCGGAGCGGGCGCUCGCCGCGGAGGCGAGGGAGAGGCUGGCUGCGGUCGUCACGGAGGGGGCGGUGCGGCCCAAGGAUCUGUUCCCCGGGGAGGCCGUGCGCGCCCUCGUCGAGGAUCUCGGCCUCAACAGGGCCAGGGAUCCCGCCGCCAUGGGGUUCCGCCCGCCCAAGGCUUCCAUCGCCGACAGGCUGAUGCUCACUAAGCGCAAGAUGGAAGAAGUCAAGGAAUCUCCAGUACAGCCAACGACUAGUACAGCUCAAACAAUCACUUCAAGUGGCACAGCUGAUUUCCAAGGUUUUCAUGGAGCUCCCAAGUUUGCUGUCGGAGUUCCUAGGAAUCUACCAGCUGUUGCUGCCUUGCCUGCUACUGCCCCAGUGACUUCUGCUUCCCUGGUUACCUUGAAACCACCUGGAUCAUCUCCUGUAAAAUCAGUUAACAACCCUUCAGUUGUUACAAUGCCCCAUAUGGCUCCAUCGCAUCUUAAAUCGGAUAAAGGAGUUAAUGGUCCUCCUAAUCUAGUACGCACCGGAGCAACCUAUGGCAACUUGAACAAAUCAUUUCAUGAUACAUGUGCUAGGUCCAAUCUGAACGCUGUACAGAGUUCCAAUCCGGUGGCGAAAAAUCAGGACACAAAGACAGCAUCAAUUGAUGCUACAGCAGGAAACCCUCUUACAGGUCAUCAUGCUACACCAAGCGUGGCACCUGUUCCUCCAAAACCUACUUUUGCUAACCACAGUGAAAUAGCAAAAAGUGUUCAACGUGUUCUGCACCAACCAGCUAAUCAUCCUAGCUGGAUUCCGCCAUCAACUGAGUACAUGCGUUCUCGUUUGGACUGUCAAAUAUGCAAAGUAGCUAUCAUGGAUAUGGAAAGUUUGCUUGUUUGUGAUGCUUGUGAGAAGGGAGCACACUUGAAAUGCCUUCAGCAUUAUGGUAAUAAAGGUGUUCCUAAAGCUGAGUGGCAUUGUCCAACAUGCCUGACAAAGAGUAAGGGCAAGCCUUUGCCACCAAAAUAUGGCAAGGUUACAAGAACUGCUGUCGAACCAAAGGCUACUCCACCACCAGCUGGAACGCAGGUUUCUUCGCAAGGAGCGGCAGAAAAUAUUGCUGUAAAGGAAAAUCACCAAAAAGUGGCUGUAAAUGGUAAUCUUCUGAAUCAAAACUCCACGCAAGCUGGCAGUGUUGCUCAGAGCAGUACUGUUUUGGCUCUAGGUGUUACUGCUGCUGUUGCACAAUCACAGCCGCUUUCUAUAUCCAGACUUCCAGAAGGAAAUUUAAAUAAUGAUGCAGCCUUAUCUAGUGAAAAGACGGGGAAUGUGGGUCCUUGCAGUAGCAUUGCACAUCGUAAUGAAAAGCCCCCUGAUGAACUACAGAGCAGUGGACUGCCUGCUAACAGUAAGACUGGAACCCAAUCAGGGAAAUCUCCUAAUGAAGAAGUGUCCAGUGUAUUAGUUUCAGGCAGUGCGGAUUCAACAAAUGAUACCUUGCAUGAGCAGAAAUCUCAUGAAAUUUCUGGGGAAAAAUGCUCAGACAACUCUUCUAUUGUUGCUUCUGAAGCAAAUAUCAAGUCAAAAGCAGACUCUGAGCUCAUUUCGGGCAGAGAUGUGGAAAUGGUUGAUAAUGAUAUACCACCAAAGGAUCAAACCAACAACAUUGCCACUGAGGACAAACCCAGUACUCAAGAAACCUCUGAAGCACAUAAAAUGGAAGUUGUGGAGGUGAGCGCCAAUACUGGAAUACAAAUAAGCCAGGGUGACAGUGCUGGCACUGAAGAGAAUCUCCACACUGAAGUAACUUCUGUUCCACACAUGAUCAAUGAUGUGGCAAUGGCUACCAAUGCUGGAACACCAAUAUGUCCAAGCAACAACGUUGCCAUUGAAGAAAAGCCCAAGUCUACUGUAAUUUCCGAGGUAUGUACAACCAAAGAUACGGAAAUGACUACUGAUGCCACUUUAGAUCAAAACACCAAUGUUGCUACAGAAGAAAUUCCUUUGCCUGAAUCAAUUUCUGCAACUGAGGAUGCUGACAUGACUACUGAUACUGGAAUACCAACAAAUCAAAGACAGGAAGUAAAUGGAUUGGCUGAAAAUGGCAGAAAAGAACAUCCCCUGGGAGAAACAGAUAAACACAAAUCUGACCAUAGUACGAUGCCUGAUAUGUCUACAGCCCCACAGAUAACAUCAAAUGGAGUUAUGCAUUCAAAAGAUGAAGCUGCAUGUGGCCAUGAAGGUGAAAUUGUGGACAUCAGUGCAGCAGCAACAGAGGAAAACAAUUAGAUUCAGAUAUAGUAGAUUGCAUCCAAUUCCAUUUGCAGGAUUCUGGGAUGGAAGGAGUACUUCACUAUGAAUUCCUCGAUUCCAAAAUAGCCUUAUAUUGACGCGAUCGUGAUGAAGCCACCUGUAGUUCGGUUAGUGCCUAGCGUAGCUUCAGUGAUUAACCAUGCUGUCAACAUUCUUUUGGACCAGUCACCAUAAGUUCAUCAUGUGCUGCCGGCCAUUUCCCAUGAGUGCCUACUUCCUACUGGACUUGCUGGAAUCAAUGUAGCGCGCAUGAAGGAUGUUGUUACCUUACCGUAGUUCCUUCGGCUAUCACUCCUAGCUAUAUUUAGUUUCUUUACCUGUCUUGUCUUCCUCUGCGCUGAUCUUAUAAAGGCUGUAAUUACAUAGGAUUUGGUUGAGUGACUCAUAGGUUCUGUCGUAAUGAUAUGAUUUUUUACCGUAAAGUUCAUCACCAUCGGGGCCAGUGCAAGGUGCACUGGUGUUCUCGAUUGUUUGAUAUACCCGUGAAUCUCUGAGCUGUCUUACAACCGAGUGUUUCGCCCAGAUUUCUCAA